CAUAUAGUGUUUCACUCUUGCAAUUCUUGUCACAGUGCUGAUAAGGGCCGUGGAACAUACGUACACGGUACAGUUCGAAAAUGGAGAACUGCGCGUUUUCGCGUUUUUUCGCUUUGGCGGUUUUUUUCAAGUUCACGUGCUCUUAUGACACCAGGAUGUACUCGUUGAUUAUGCCAAAUGUGAGACCAAACAAACCCGAGUCAUAUUUAUGCACUCCGAUUAAGAUAGACUCUGCAAGGAAUUAUUAUAUUGUUGGUUUCGAGCCAAAUACGACAAUGGCAACAAUUCACCAUAUGGUUGUCUUCGGUUGCACGAAACCAGGAAGCUUAAAAUUAGUUUGGGAAUGUGGACAACAAUUAAAUCCUAAUAAUAAGAUAGAUAAUCCACCUCCUUGUGCAAAAGGAGCUCAAGUCAUUUAUGGAUGGGCAAGGGAUGCUCCUAAAUUUAAUCUACCAGAAGGUGUGGGUUUUAAAAUAGGCGGUGAUUCUCCCAUCCAGUAUAUCGUAUUGCAAUUGCAUUACGCACACGUUGAAGGCUUUAAGGAUGGCAGAACAGAUGAUUCUGGUGUAUUUCUGUAUUAUACUGCGCAAAGAAUGGACAAGCUAGCCGGAAUUAUUUCAUUAGUAUCAGGUGGUUCUAUACCGGCUGGGAAAACGACACAUAUGGAAUCGGCUUGUCGCAUGAAGGAGAAUAAAACUAUUUAUCCAUUCGCAUUUAGAACGCAUACCCAUUCGCUCGCAACUGUCGGGUCCGGGUACGUAGUAAAGCCGAAUAACAAUUGGAUCGAACUUGGUAAGACUGAUCCACUUAAACCUCAGAUGUUUCUUCCCGUUACCCACAAAGUUCCAAUCACGUAUGGUGAUACGUUAGCUGCCCGUUGUACAAUGAAAAGUACGCGCGAUAGUAUUACGUACGUAGGCAAAAGAAAUCAAGACGAAAUGUGUAACUAUUAUAUUUUGUAUUAUGUCGACGAAGGCACUCCGCUUAAACAGAAAUCUUGCUUUAGUCCUGGGCCUCCUUCGUAUUACUGGAAACAAGAGUUAAGUAAUAUUCCUGACGAAGAGGCAUCUACUUUAUAAUAUAAUCAAUGAGUAUCAAUUGGCACAAAAAUACAUCGAUUUUGUUCUAUCAAAGAGAAUUAGAUAAUAUUUCAAUACUUCUGCGAAUUAUUUAUAAAUGCAUUUAAAUUCAAUUCGUCAUUGAUAUAAAGUCAGUACUGGGAAAACAUACCGUCUUAUAAUAUCCCAGUACAAUAUAUGGCAGAUUUUCUAAUAGUUUAUUAUUUAUUAUUCCUAAUGCACCUUUUACCAAUUCUAUUUAUUUUAUUGUUAUGCCUUGAGUUUAGGUUUGUGUUUAAUUCUGAAGCAACUUGAAGAUGUUAUCUCAGCAAAAUGCUGAUUAUUAUUUAUUCCAUGUUUGUACACACAAAUUAUUCCAAAUUAAUUUCUUAUUUAUAGUUUCUUAAGCGAUUAUAAGCAUUUUGUGAGAUCUGUAAUCAGAGUAUAUUGUAGUUAAUUUAUACAAAAUUUUAAAACUCGAUAUUAAUGUAUAACAUUGUAAUACCUCUUCUUAUCAAUUCUAAUAAAUUCAUAUUACUAUGGUAA